AUGAACAGCACCCCCAGGCUUUCAGGACAACUGUGCGACGAUGGUUGGAUGGACCAAGGUGCGACGGUGGCCGUGAGCCGUUAUCUCGGGAUUAACAGAUGAGAUCCGUCGGGAGCCGCUCUCGUAGGUGCGGUAGGCCAGAAGGCAUCUUGCCGCAGGAGGGCAGCGGAGAAGAAGUGGAGAACGCUAGCGGCGUAGUUGACGGUUCAUAGAUUUCUGCAUCUUGGAUCUUAUUCAUUGAUUACUCUAGCUACAUGUCAACGGGCCGGGCCGGACUGGGCCUGCCCCGAAGGGAAGAGUGCUUCCAAGUCCCUGUUCGAUCAUCUGUCGCGCCGCAUGUGCGCUAGACUACGUCACUGCUGGCGCGCCGGGAUCGCCGCCCGUAGACGGCGGGCCCACCCCGAAGCGCUUUUGGGUCGGCCCGAAAGCCCGUUCUCGGGAAACCAUAAAUAAAUAAAUCAAGAUAAUGGAUGCAAGAUAUUAUAUUAUAGUUCGUCAUCGGAACGCGCAACCCCCAUUUGGGAUGGGUUUGUGUCACGCCGAUUCCGUUGCCGCAGGGAUGGCGGGCCCCACAUGUUACCUACAGAGGCGGCCCAGCCAAUCAGAGCGGCGGAGUAUUUAUCAAUCAUGGCAUUGCCUGAUGGGGAUGAGAAUCUACGACCCACCCCUCCCAUUGCGUCCGGGAAGCUGCUGCUUUCCUCUCUCUCUCUCUCUCUCUCUCUAUCUACCUCCUAUCUGCAUCUUUCAACAGCGACUUGGAGGAGCGAGCGCAGCUCCGUUAGAGCCACGUCAUGGGGGAAACCCAAUAAAAUCCCUCUAGUCUCCGUCUCCACUCCAUCCUCCUCCAUUGCGUCUCGGGGAGGAACGGCCGGAGAGCGAAAGAGAGAAAUUGGGGAAGAUCGAUGGCGAGGGCUGCGGGGGUACUGGCGGUGGCCGUAAAGUUCGCCUGUCUUCUCCUCGUCGUCGUCGUUGUCCAUGAAGUAGGGUUAUGCUGUGCCUCUUCUUGUCUGUUGUCUUUGCUGCUCUCCGUUCUCCAUGCGCCGUCGGUCUCUUUAUCCAUCAAUUCAUCUUACCUGCAGGAGGCCGCGGUUAAAGCCAUCCCUGGGAUUAGGAUCGGAGAGGAAGACGGCGACAGUUCUAUCCUCCAGGUAUUCACGUUGCAAUCACCUUGUCUAUUUGAUCUCUGAUAGAGUUCAUCGUUUGUCCGCCGAAUUUAGCUCUGUCAAUAAUCCUUUGCCAAUAAUAAUAAUAAUAAUAAUCAUCCAUGCUCCACCACGAGGUUUGGCUUCCCCCCUUUUUUUUUAAUCUCUCGUCUGGUUUGGCUUCUGAUUAGUUGGUCACGCGCUAGCCUGGUUAAUUUGCUUCGGCAUCUGAUGCAGGAAUCCAUUUUAUGGGAGGUCAACUCCAACCCCAACGCCGGCUGGCGGGCGGACAUGAACGCCGCCUUCUCUAAUUACACGGUGGGACACCUAUAGAUCGGCCAUAGCGGCAAUCAUCCAUUGUUCCUCUAAUGUUCAGCCCUUGACGAUCUAAGAUGUUACACUUUCUCAACAGUUUACACAAUUCAAGCGCCUCCUAGGUGUCAAGCCUCUGCCCAAGGACCGUCUUCUCGAUUUUCCUGUGAGGCGACACCCAGAAUCUCUGAAAGUGACGCUUCCCAAGGAGUUCGACGCGAGGAAUGUUUGGUCCCAUUGCAGUAGCAUCAGCAGGAUACUUGGUCUGUAACAAACCCCCUUCUGUGAUCUAUCAGCUCUCUCCAAUUCUUGUGUUGUUUGGAUCCACGUUGACUUUGAGUAGCUGACAUAUUGCUACGUCUAUGUGUGCCGGUAUCUCUUUUGAAACUUUGUCAAUUGCUGGGCCACAGAUCAGGUAAAGUGGGCGAUUGUAAUGUCCCUUUAUACUUCACUUGGUUUGCUCAGUGCUGGUGGGCAUGGGAAUGACUCGAUUAUGGAAAUGGCAGGGGCAUUGUGGUUCUUGCUGGGCUUUUGGCGCGGUUGAAUCUCUAUCCGACCGAUUCUGCAUCCACUUUGGUCAGGUAGCCCUAUCAACCUGCUGUGCUUCAUCUCAUGCCAGAUUAAGGAUCAUCUAAUCGUUUUUUUUCUUCCACUGCAGAACAUCUCACUAUCAGUUAAUGAUCUCCUGUCUUGCUGUGGUUUUUUGUGUGGCGAUGGCUGUGAUGGAGGAUAUCCCAUCUUGGCAUGGCAGUACCUUGUCCAGAAUGGUGUUGUGACAGAAGAGGUACAAGUCUGCUCUUUUUGACUGGUGACCCUCCUAUUUUGAGCCACUUACUCUAAGUUCUUCCACUGUGUCUCGAUUGCAAUGAGUGUAGAGUGGAACCCCCUUUGCUGGGUUUUUCAACUCGUCCUCCUCUUAGAUUGGAGGUAUCUGACACUUGAUCCACUCACCACGGAAUGGUCUCCGUUUUGGCAGUGCGACCCUUACUUUGACCAGAUCGGAUGUUCCCAUCCUGGUUGCGAACCGUCAUAUCCAACCCCGACGUGUGAAAAGAAAUGCAAGGCUGGGAACCAAGUCUGGCCGGAGUCCAAACAUUUCAGUGUCAAUGCAUACAGAGUGAGCUCCGAUCAACAUGAUAUCAUGGCUGAACUUUAUAAGAACGGUCCUGUGGAAGUCUCCUUCACUGUUUAUGAGGUAACCUGAAAAUGACUAGCUCCUUUUAAAAUUCUUUUUCCACAAAAAGGGCAUCACCCAUAUAUCCUCCUUAAUUUCAAAGUGGCAUAAGUUUAUUGUCCCUCAACUAUGUUUUUCUUACAGUCUCCAUUUGAAUGGAGUGCGUUUUCCAUUUGAAAAUGUUAGAUAAUCUACCUGCUUGACACAAGGUGGAUAUUUUGCAUGAUAAUCAGCACGCUAUCACCUUUCUUGCAGUGAAAAACUCAAUCGUAGCAAUGUUAUUCAUCCAAACGACUGAAAUUUUAAUCCACUCUUUUCGUGCAUUUGACGUGUUCCUGUUUGCCGUCCUCUGAGCACUUUUGAUUCAUUGAAGCGUUGGGUGUUAUUCCACUCAUGUAUGCUUUAAGGGGUCAAGAAAAGCCGUACACUGAGUAUGAGGAUUCAUGUGGCCUGUUAAAUGGAAAUGGGGUUCUCCAUUACUUUUUCUCUCGUAAAAAAGAAAGGAAAAAAUUACAGUCAAUGGCUCAGCUUUUGUUGUCUGCAGGGCUGUGGCGCUGAUGAACUCAUAAAAUUCACCUCAGAUUCAAAGAAAUUAACGAAUUUGUGUCAUUAUGUUUUGAAAAUUUGAAGUUAUUUUUCUCGAAAAGAAGGUGGGUUUGAUUCACAGCCUUUCCUUGAUUUAAAUGGGCUCUUUUUGCGCGAGUAUUGUUUUGUUAGUAUGACCUGAACGCGUCCUUUAGAAUUUCUUCUCUGCCAUGCUCAAGGAAACUUAUCGCCCAAUAUUUAUUAUUAUGCAUCCUCAUCCUUUUCUAAGUUUGAACUCUGAUCCACCGAACGUUUCUUUUCACGUACGAGUCCAGCUCAUUGUUCAUAAUUUUUCCCGUCAAUGUUAAGAUUCUCGUGCGUGACGCGACUAUGCCAGGUCUUGGGCAGCAUUCAUCUGGUUCGAGAAAUUUCAUUGCAUCGUUCCAAGCACAAUUAGCAGAUUCCCGAUGAGAUUUCUGUUGCUGAUGAUGUCUAACAAGCAUCAUUCACAAUCCCGUCUUGAGCUCUGUUCUUUCUUCUGUUCUCGGACAUGGACGAGAGAGACUCGGGGAUGAAAGAGCUAUCUCUGUCGCGCCACUAAUUUUUCUGCGCCAUCACAAAAAACAUACUUCUGCCCCCCGUUGCUCCUUAGCCAUUCGGCUGCCGGUCACUGAGGAUUUCCGCAACCUUGCUUUCCGCAGGAUUUCGCUCAUUAUAAGUCGGGGGUGUACAAGCACAUAACUGGUGUGUCCAUCGGCGGCCAUGCCGUGAAGCUCAUCGGAUGGGGUACGAGCGACAGAGGGGAGGACUACUGGGUUGGCCCCUUCACCCUUACCUGGCGCGGCUCUUUGUCCCUCCUCUCUGUAUCCCCGCAAUUUUAAUCCUUUCUUCUUCUACCCGCAGCUUCUCGCGAACCAGUGGAACCGAGGCUGGGGCGAUGUGAGUCUCCCCCCGCUAUGAUCCAUCCUCGCUUUCUUCUCGUUCUCGUCUGAUGCUCUUUAAUCUCUCUGUUGGGCCGGGGCUGUAUUUCUGCAGGAUGGCUACUUCAAGAUCGCAAGGGGGGGGAACGAGUGUGGAAUCGAAGAAGACGUCGUCGCCGGCUUGCCGUCCCCCAGGAACCUGGACCUCAUUAAGAGCGCCGCCAUCGCUGACCUGAACCCCAACCUCUAG